GUUUCGGUCGGAGCUGAGAAGGAGACGAUCGGCGAGGUGACGGUGACCAUCCACUGUCUUGCAGCUCUCACUGCCAUUUCGGACGAAUUCUCGGAGGACGCACAGAUGGCCGUGGAUUUGUAAUUCCCACUCAGAGUUCCUGUGAUCGCCAUCAGAUCUCACCACUCUCCAGGCAACGACCGCUUCAAUCACUAACGUUAACAACCUUUGCAGUUCUUUUUUUCACAAUUCCAGACUCUUUACUACACGUCAACCAUGCAGCACUUCUGUACAUCAGUUGUUUGGAAACCUAA